AUGGUGCAUCCUUCCGUCCCCUCCGGAUCGAUCCUCAACACGCUUGAUGAUCGAGGGCUUCUGAAGGACGUGACGUCCUCGAACGUAUGGCAGCACCUUGGUGAUCCCGAAGGGAAUCCAAGGACAAUCUACUGCGGUGUAGAUCCGACUGCAGCCAGCCUGCACAUCGGCAACCUCUUGCCGCUCCUAGCGCUCUGGCAUGCUAGAAAGGUCGGGCACAGGGUCAUAGUCGUUAUCGGAGGAGCGACGGGCAUGAUAGGUGACCCGUCGGGCAGGUCAAGCGAGCGAAAUUCUCUAGAGGCUUCGCUGGUCGAAUCGAACGUGCAGCGCAUCACGGCCCAGGUACAAUCCACGUUCCAGACGAUGGACGAUUGGGCAGAGAAGCUUGGUCUGGGACGAUCAAGGGGAGAGUUGGUUAUCAGGAAUAAUCGAGAGUGGUACGAAGGGGUGGGCAUCUUGGACUUUCUCAGGGACGUAGGCAAAUACGCCAGGAUCAGUAAGAUGAUGGCACGAGACAGCGUAAGGAACCGAUUGACUCCAGAAGCAGAUGCCGACGAUGCGGUGGGGCUCUCAUUCACAGAGUUCAGUUAUCAGCUUCUUCAGGCAUAUGACUUCCACGUGCUUCAGCAGAGAGAAGGAUGCACUGUGCAGAUCGGCGGCUCGGAUCAGUACGGGAACAUUAUGGCAGGUGUGGAGCUAAUCUUGCGGAUGAGAUCUCAAUCGCUUGAACCCGCCGCGCAAGUUGACGCAGCUUCGUCAGACAUGCGCGUUCCCACUGUGGCGCCCGCGUAUGGGAUCACAGUACCGCUGUUGACCACCGCGGACGGGUCAAAGUUUGGGAAGAGUGCCGGAAACGCAAUCUGGUUGGAUAGGCAGCUGACGAAGGAUUUGGAUCUGCACACUCAUUUCAUGAAGUCGGCGGAUGAAGAUGUGGCAAAGUACCUGCAUACUUUGACUCUCUUACCCACCUCGGAAAUUCAGUCCUUAGUACAGAGACACAAGGGGAUGCCGCAAAGGGGCGAAGCGCAGCAGACUUUGGCGACUCAAAUGCUAGGUCAACUUAGGGGUGAAGAUUCCAUUAAGCGGACGAAGCGCCAAGCAAGAGUACUGUACAAGACUUCAGUGGAAGAGAUAGACGUAGAGGAAGCCCUGGAGCUCUUCCAGGACGAUCCUAGGUUGAUCAGGACCACAGUGGGAGAAUUUACCAGCAUGAGUGUAGCUAGAAUGGCUCACGAGUAUGGCUUGGCAAAGUCGGGUUCGGAGGCGAGGAAAAAGAUGAGCAAGGGUGCGCUCUGGAUUAAUGGCGAGAAGCUCGAUGAUCCUAGGCUUUCUCUUAAGCUCAAACACCUCGCUCCACAGCGAGACGGAAAGACUUAUCUCGCGCUUGUUAGCGUGGGAAAGCAGAAAAAGGUCAUCGUCGUGGCUACGAAGGGAGAUGCAAGCGCGCAGGAGGUACCGGUGCUCGAGUAG